CUUAUCUCGACAGCGAAAGCUUUUCUAUGCCUCCUCGCAAGGGCGGAACCUGAAUAUCUAGAACAUGUUUGGCCAAAGCUUCUACCACACAGGCUGUCUUUUGAUAACCGCUCGAGUUUCUCUAUACGAGCUGCGCAAAAUCAGGAGGACAACGUUUCCGUAGCCCAUAACUCCGAUAACCAAGCAGGGGCUUCUAAAUGCGCUCCAAGUCCGGCCCUUUUACCUUCCUACAUAAGUUCUGCUUCGAUAUCGCCAUCACCACCUGCGUCCACCCCUAGCCCAAUACCAGAGUAUGAGCCUAUAUGGCGGGAGGGAUCUCCGAAGUCUCUUUACGCUCAACGCAUGCAACGACUAGAUCAUCUUCACCCUGAAGUUCAGAACCACAUAGCAAACAUUAUUUGGCUUGGCGAUCACUUUCUUCAGGAAGAUGUAGGGAAGUUCUUGAGAUUGUUUUGCCGCAGGUGGAGUCAGACAGAUCUAGGCUAUCGUCCCGUCCCAAAGGAUGUAGCUGGCGAAGAUUCAAGAAUUCAAAGCUUGUUUAAACGGUAUUACCACGCUGAAACCUUCAGGCGUCGCUCGGAUAUAGAUCGUCUUAAAUUCAGAUUCUUAAGAAUCUUACUUUAUCACGAUUUCGAAGAACUUUGCAUCAAUAUACAGAAUAAUCUAGAGAAAUACAGACCUCUUUCCCGUGGUCAGGAUGUAGCCACUGUUGCUACCGAUAAAUUUAUCGAAGGGCUUGCUGUAGUAAUAAUUAUUGCUGUCUCUAUUGUUGCUAUGUUGCCUGUUAGACCCUCCAAAGUCUGCUAA